CAAGCCUCAUUGAGCAGACAAGUUCCCUCUUUGCGACUUAUACUGGAGAACAGCACCCAGAAAUGACCACACAGGGGGUUCUUAAUGAAGGCCAGGAAAAUGAAAUGGAGCUGUUUGGAUACAGAACAGAAAAAUGUCGCAGUGUCCUUUGUGUGAUUGGUUACAUCUUUACACUGGGGUUCCUUAAAGUACUUUUCUACUGGAAGCCUGAACUAGAUGUCUGGUGUCACUGUGUGCCCUGUACUUUGGAAGAAGCCAAUGUAUUCUUACUCAGAAGCACAGAUGAAUUUAAGAAAUACACAAAGAAAAAAGUGACAUGGAUACAUGGAUCAGAUGUGUCCCAUACUAUAUCUCAGCCUGAUGAUACAUCACAAGAGAACUCCAAACUGAAUACAUUAUUAUGGAAGCCUGAGCAGAAGGGCCAGCUUUACGGCAGCUUCGGGCGUUCUGUCAGUGGAUCGGCUCGAUCGUCUCAGGGCAUUUUUUCUGUGGCAGCACUCACAGUGGUCGGUGCAGGUGGUCAGGGUUGCUGCAUAAUCGCUCAGGUGCGUUGCAUCAGGGUACAAAAAACCCGAUAUGUUUGGAAUACAUUAGAAGCCAGGUUUCAGAAAGCUGGAGUUCUGGAAGAAAAUCUUUCCUGUUCUGAUAUUCAUAAAAAAUAUGGAAUGGGUUUAAGCAGCGAGGAACAGAAUGCCAGGCAACAGUUCUGUGGACCAAACACAAUAGAAGUAGAAAUUACUCCAAUAUGGAAGCUGUUAUUUAAGGAGAUUUUGAACCCAUUUUACUUUUUUGAAGUUUAUUCACUAAGUGUGUGGCUGGCAAUUGGAUACCUAGAAUAUUCUUUGGCUAUAUUAAUUAUGACCAUAUUGUCUAUUCUUGCAACAAUUUACAUGCUAAGGAUGCAAUCAGUUAAAUUGCAUCGUAUGGUGGAGUCACAUAACAAUGUUUUGGUGUCCGUUCUUCAGAGAAAUGGAGGGGUUGAAGAAGUACAAUCUAAAUACCUGGUUCCUGGAGAUGUAAUUGUUUUACCAGAGAAGAAGUUUUUUCUGUCCUGUGAUGCCAUGCUGAUAUCGGGGGGUUGUGUGGUAAAUGAAGGGAUGUUGACAGGAGAAAGUGUUCCUAUAACAAAGGUUCCACUACCAAAUGUGGACAAUGAAAUUCCAUGGAAAACAUACACUGGUGAAAACUGUCGUGGACAUAUAUUGUAUUGUGGAACUGAGGUUGUUAAGACAAAGCCAAAUGCAGAUGGGCUGGUAAAAGCUGUUGUCCUACAAACAGGAUUUAACACAGCAAAGGGAGACCUUGUGAGAUCAAUUAUGUAUCCCAAGCCUGUGAAUUUUAAAUUGCACAGAGAGGUUUUGAAAGUUCUUGUUGGGCUCAUCAUACUUUCCAUCCUUGGAUCAUUAUACUCAGUUGCAAUUUAUGCACAUAAUGGGGCACCAGCUCAUGAAUUAGUGAGCAUGGCAUUUAUCAUGGCAACUGUGGCUAUACCUGUUUCUCUGCCCCCAGCUUUGACAAUCUGCACCCUCUACUCUCAGGCACGAUUAAAAAAGCAAGGCAUUUUUUGCAUCAGUCCUCAGAGGAUUAUUUUGUGUGGACAGCUAAAUGUUGUUUGCUUUGACAAAACAGGUACUUUAACUGAAGAUGGCUUAGACUUAUGGGGUAUCGUUCGUUCAGCUAAAGGCUGUUUUCAGGAGGUCUUUCCUGUUACAUCUGGUUGCACAUUACCCUGGAAUACUAUGACUGGAGCAAUGGCCGGUUGCCAUUCAUUGAUCCUAAUGGAUGGGGAAGUGCAUGGUGAUCCACUUGACAUCAAGAUGUUUGAAGGAACAGGCUGGGAACUUAAUGAACAUAAAGAAGACAAUAAAUCAAAGCUUAAUGCAAUGGUUACUCCAGGACGUGAAGCACAGUGUGAUUCAGUGAAAGGACUCCUCAUCUUACACCAGUUUCCCUUCUCUUCCAAUCUCCAAAGAAUGUCUGUUAUUACAAAAUAUGUAGGAGAACAUAAAUUCUCAGUCUUCCUGAAAGGUGCACCAGAGGUGAUGGUGAAAUUUUGCAAGCAAGAUACAGUGCCAAUCAAUUUCUCAUAUGUACUCAACCAGUAUACAAUCCAAGGUUUCCGUGUCAUUGGGAUGGCAUAUAAAAACCUAGAUAUAAAUGAAGAUGCUAAAGUAGAGAUGUUAAAAAGGGAAGAGGUGGAACAUGAUCUUUUUUUUCUCGGAUUCUUGAUAAUGGAGAACAGGCUUAAGCCAGAAACAAAACCAGUUCUCCACGAACUAAAAUCUGCUAACAUAAGAACAAUCAUGGUGACAGGUGAUAACCUUCAGACAGCAUGCACAGUUGGACUAAACUCUGGCAUGGUACUUGAUGCUUCCAGUUUACUCCUAUUAGAAGCUUGUGAGCCUAAAGAUGGUUAUUCAGCAUCAUUCACUUGUCAGCCAGUAGAAAAGAACACAGAAAAACUACAAAUGCAGAAUGAAUCAGUAAAGCAUCUUGUAACCACUACCACUGAGAGCAUUUGGGGAUUUCAUGCUAGUGCUGGGAAAUAUCAUUAUGCUAUGAAUGGAAAAACAUAUGAUAUUAUGAAGCAACAUUUCCCUAGUUUGGUACCAGAUAUUCUACUAAAUGCUACCAUUUUUGGAAGAAUGACACCUAAGCAAAAAACUAAUAUUAUUGAUGAUUUACAAAAGAUUAAUUAUUACGUUGGUAUGUGUGGAGAUGGAGCAAAUGAUUGUGGGGCUUUAAAGAUAGCUCAUGCAGGAAUCUCUUUGUCAAGUCUGGAAGCAUCAGUGGCCUCUCCUUUUACAUCAAAAAUCCCAAAUAUUGAAUGUGUACCAAAGCUACUAAAGGAAGGAAGAAGUACACUUGUCAGUUCAAUAUGUUUGUUUAAAUACCUUAUUAUGUACACUUUGAUUGAGCUUGUCUGCAUGCUGCUUCUGUUUUGGAAAAAAACUUUACUAGGAAAUUACCACUAUCUGAUGCAAGACAUAGCAAUUUCUGUCACAGUUAUGUUAACAAUGAGUUUAACUGGUCCUGCUUCAAAGCUAGCUCCAUACAGACCUGCAAUGAGUGUGAUGUCUCCUUCCUUGCUGCUGUCAGUGACCUUGCAUACAAUAUUUACCAUUGUUCUACAGACAAGUGCAUUCUUUCUGGUACAGGAGCAACCAUGGUACAACGAGACUGACGUUUUCAGUGCAUGUGAUCAUCACAAUCAAAGUUAUGUCAACCACACAAUGAAUGCGCAUCAUAGUCAGUCUCAGAAUUUCAUGACUACCACACUGUGGCCUGUGUCUGGGAUAAACCUUAUUAUCGUUGAAUUUGUAUUCUCCAAAGGAAAGCCUUUUAGAAAACCAAUAUACACUAACUAUUUAUUAUGUAUAUUAAUAUUAGCUCAACUGGGAGCCUUUCUUUUCAUGUUGUUUGCUGAUUUUGAAACACUGUACCGCCGCAUGGAGCUUGUCUGUACGCCAUAUUAUUGGAGAACUGAAAUAUUAAGCAUGGUUAUCGUGCUUUUUGUUGCAUCCUAUGGUGUGGAGACCUUUGUUUACAAUAGAACAUUCUGGCAACACAUGAAGAGGAUUUCAGGUUACAAGUCGAAGAGUCAAUACAAACAACUGCAAAGCACAUUGGAUAAGAACACAGACUGCGCUUUGCAAAGUGAAAUGUUCAGUUCAAGCCGACAAUAUUCAGUUAUGGCAAAUGAGUGUGUUUAACCACUUGCCGCUCACUCAAAGUAGAUUUACUGCGAGCGGGCGGCACAGCCAGGCACCGCAACAUACCUGUAUGUCAUGGUGUACUCCCUGGUUUAGUGGCGUGCAUGCGCACGCCCCUGCGGAUCCAUGCUGUGUUUGACCCAGCACAAGUUUGUUAGCAGGUUACAGCCAAUGAAUAAAGAGAGGGUGGGGGGCGCUACGUUAUAUAAAAGGUGUAAAUGAAUAAAUGAAGUAAUAAACAUAUAUAAAUAAAUAUAAAUAUGAAUACCUCACCAAUGACAACAAUCACGUGCUGUGUAAUUAAUUAAUAUGACAAUGACAAAAAUGAUAUCACCAACAAACUUAGAUAAUAAGUACAAUUAAAUCAAAUGAAAAACUGUAACCAAAGUGCAACAGUGCAGUCCAUUAAUGUGGUAGAUACCACUAGUGUAUAAGUGGCUAUGAAAAAGUCCUUUAAUAAAGUGCUUUAGUGCAUAGUGAUUAGCCUUCGGAUUCGCUGUGAAUGGCUCCACCUUCACUGACCGUGAAAAAUCACUCAAAAGUACUCUAAAUAUGGAUGGCACCUUACCAAAAGAUGUUGACCCUUUUAGCCAAAAAAAUAUGUCAAUAUAGGCUCAAACCACAGGUGUAUAACUGCAUAUGGGACUCCUUGGAUUCAACCAGGCUCCAAUAGCAAUCAAUGGGGGUAGCAACAAUGAAGUGACACCUUGUUGGUUCGGCCAAGGUUUUCUCUGCUUUCUUAGCAGUCCUGUCACCGACAGCACCUUGCAACAGUCAAUGAUUUGCUCUCUCUGGAGGACACAGUGGGGUUGAUUUACUAAAGGUAAAUAGACUGUUUAUUUUGCAGCCAAUAAUUAUGGCUGUACACCUGCUGAUCAGCUGUGGCCAAUCACAGCACAGGGUUCUGUGUUUACAAAACACAGAUAACUCUGUACACAGAGUAAUUUAGCUGUUUCUUUUCUCUGAAAUAAACUCAGGGAAUUCGGGAAGUAAAAGCACACCGAUCUGUGAGUAAAAGCAGCAGGUAUUACACACAUUGUACUAGUUAGGCACACAGUUAACCCCUUUCCAGCCACUGUAAUUAGUACAGUGUACAGUAUUAUCACUUAUCAUUGUAUUAGUGUUACUAGCAACAUCAGUGUCAGUCAGUGUCACUAUCACAGUCACACUAUAAGUCACUGAUCGACGCCUUUACUAGUAUAGUGUCUGUACAGAUUAGUAUCUUGAUCACGAUCAGACUAUACCAGUGUCCCCAAAACCGCAGUUUGGUUUUUACCAAAGACAUAUAGCAUAAUUAAUUUUGUCCUAAAUGUAUUAAA